AAAUAAAAUAAUAAUAAUAAAAAAAAUAGAUUAGAAAGCUACGAAAUACGAUGAGAACGAUGUGGUCGAAGAUCGUCUGAUAAACAACUCUCGAAGAGGAAGGAAGAGAACUUAUCGCCGUCGACGGCUUCCCGCUCUUCCACCGCCUCCGGUAACUACAAGACCGAUUCGUUGACAUUCGUACUGGUGUUUUUGGGAGGCUGUUUCCAUCUUAUGUUAAACCCCGAUCAAAACAAAAAAAAAUCUAGAUGAAUAUAUAUGCUUGAAUAUUCUUGAGUAGAUCUAACAUUUAUAGGUUAUACAUACUCAGACUCAUUCACUGGUAAUGAAAAUGGAUGGAUCAUCUGGCAGAACAAGUGGCAAUGUGGAUAUGUUUUUACCAAAUUACAAACUGGGGAAAACUCUUGGUAUUGGUUCCUUCGGUAAGGUCAAAAUUGCAGAGCAUGCAUUGACUGGUCACAAAGUUGCUAUUAAGAUUCUUAACCGUCGCAAGAUUAAAAACAUGGAAAUGGAAGAAAAAGUGAGAAGGGAAAUUAAAAUUUUGAGAUUGUUUAUGCAUCCUCACAUUAUACGACUAUAUGAGGUCAUAGAAACCCAUUCAGACAUUUUUGUGGUAAUGGAGUAUGUUAAGUCUGGAGAGCUCUUUGACUAUAUUGUGGAGAAAGGUAGGUUGCAGGAGGACGAAGCUCGUAACUUUUUUCAGCAGAUAAUUUCUGGCGUGGAGUACUGCCACAGAAAUAUGGUGGUUCAUAGAGACCUUAAGCCAGAAAAUUUGCUUUUGGAUUCUAAAUGCAAUGUGAAGAUUGCUGAUUUUGGUCUGAGUAAUAUAAUGCGUGAUGGUCAUUUUCUGAAGACCAGUUGUGGAAGCCCAAACUAUGCUGCUCCAGAAGUUAUCUCUGGCAAAUUGUAUGCCGGGCCUGAAGUAGAUGUCUGGAGUUGCGGUGUUAUAUUGUAUGCUCUUCUUUGUGGCACACUUCCCUUUGACGAUGAAAACAUUCCCAACUUAUUCAAGAAAAUCAAGGGUGGGAUAUAUACACUGCCAAGUCAUUUAUCACCUGGGGCCAGGGACUUGAUCCCACGGUUGCUCAUUGUUGAUCCAAUGAAGCGAAUGUCCAUUCCUGAAAUUCGCCAGCAUCCAUGGUUCCAGGCUCAUCUUCCUCGUUAUUUAGCUGUGCCCCCACCAGACACAAUGCAGCAGGCAAAAAAGACUGAUGAAGAAAUUCUUCAGGAGGUGAUUAAGAUGGGAUUUGACAGGAACCAUCUGAUCGAAUCUCUUCGCAACAGAGUACAAAAUGAGGCCACUGUUGCAUACUAUCUGCUAUUGGAUAAUCGGUUCCGCGUUUCCAGUGGUUAUCUCGGAGCCGAGUUUCAGGAAACAAUGGAUAGUGGUUUCCGAAUGCAUCAGAGUGAGCCUGCUUCUUCUCCUGUUGGGCAUCGGCUUCCAGGAUAUGUGGAUUAUCAAGGGACAGGUCUGAGACCGCAGUUCCCUGUUGAAAGAAAAUGGGCUCUUGGACUUCAGUCUCGAGCCCAUCCUCGUGAAAUAAUGACAGAAGUCCUAAAAGCUCUACAAGAACUGCGAGUGUGCUGGAAAAAGAUUGGGCACUAUAACAUGAAGUGUAGGUGGAUUCCUGGAGUCCCUGGACAUCACGAAGGCAUGGGCAACAAUGCCAUGCACAAUAAUCAUUACUUCGGUGAUGAAUCCACUAUCAUCGAAACUGAUGGUGUAAUGAAGGCACCCAAUGUGGUCAAAUUUGAAGUGCAGCUCUACAAAACUCGGGAGGAGAAGUAUCUUCUCGAUUUGCAGAGGGUUCAGGGGCCACAGUUUCUCUUCUUAGAUCUUUGUGCUGCUUUCCUUGCCCAACUGCGUGUUCUAUGAUAUGAAGUAGCAAUGCCCAGACUGCUUAUUUUUUAGUUAGUGGAAACUACUCACUCUUUGUGAAUAAAAAAAAAGAAGAAAAAAAUUGCAAUGUAAAUAUUUAUCCAUCCUUUGGUGUCAGGGUUUUUUCCAACAUUAUUACCUGAUUUUAUAUGGUAAUAGUUGUCGAACUGACUUUCGACGCUAGCAUAUGGCUAAAUCACUUUCUGGGUUACAUCUCUGGUGCUUUUCUGGUGUUUGUGGAAGUGAAUUCCCCUUAUACAGAAUUGACCCUUUGAGAUUUUAUGCUGUUCUGAUAAUGUAGUUUCAACUUUUAUUGUACUGUUACUGUAUCAUGAUGUACUUUCUCCAAUUGGUUAGCGUUUUCCACAAAACAAAUAUCUGGUUAUCAGUCUUAA